UAUAAAUUUUUUGAAGAUAUUGCAAAAAGAAAAUCGUGACUGAAAAUAUGUCUACAGUAAGAGAAAGACCAGAACCUUUAUCAGGAAAGGACGAAGGGUAUGAAGUAGUGUAAAUAAUGUUGUUUAUAUGUUUGUACUUUGGACUGAGUUAUCGUCCCUUGUUAUUAAAAUAACUCACUUGCAAAAAUUUUGAUCAUACGUGCAAGAGCUUGAUUAUAUUCUCGGGCCUCCUAUAAUAAUGUGUCUCAUAAUUUUUAUAUUUACCUUUUCCUUCUGAACUUAGUACAUAUCCCGGCUUCCUAAACUAAACAGAGAAAUUAAAUCAUAGAAUUAUUCCAGAUCACUCGGGAAGGGGUUACUUUCUUAAUCUCUGGAUGGGUGGGUGAUGCAGCAAUGAUUCGCCUGUUAAUACCUAGAUUAGGCUAAGUCUACAAGUAGAACUCAAGAGAAUUAAUUUUACUACCCUUCACUUUACUACAACUUCUCUCAGGCCACUCAAGAGUUUAUUUACAAAAGUUUAAGGACCAGUUAUAUUAAUCAAUUAACCAGUUUAGUAAGGAGUGUGUGUCUUUUGUUUAACUCUGUCAAACUCAUGUUCAUUCUUUGUAUUUUUGUGAUAAUUGAAUAUUUCUUUUUUAUUUUGUUUUAUUUUUUAGAUCAUUUGCCUAUCUUACAAUAAGAGAUAGACUACCAGUGAUUCUGACCAAAGUCAUUGACUUAGUUCACAGACAAGCAUCAGCAUUGUCAGAGUCCAAUCAACAGGUAGGCUAGGUAAUAAAAAUCUGACACCAGCAAAUCUAGAAGAACAAAGCAGGAUGAACUAGCCAAGGCUUGAUCAUAGACCUCAAGAUUUGGAGUCUUAAAGAUCCUAACCACUUUAAUUCCCCAUAUAAGUGACCAACUCCUUGGUUUUCAAUGAUAAAGUUGAGAUAGAACAAAACGAUGAAUGGCAUUGUGCCUCAAGAUAUGGCAUGAAGCAGCCUGUUUGCUUUUCUAUAUAAUUUUUACCUUGAUUGAGACUUCCUUUUCAUUCCCUUUAUGAGAUAUUUCUUUUUCAGACUGGUGUGUAAUACAGGUAAACAGGAGCCCAUCAACUGGAGCCUCUAUCUCCACUGAGUCAACCCUAUCCUAAAAAGGUUUACUUUUAGAACAGCUUUAUCCCGCAAAAAGUAUCAUAUUUCUAUUGAAUGAAAUGCAAAUUGUAAGAACUGAUUUCACUACCCAAUUCAUGUAAGCAGAUGUUUAAUGUAAAGCAAUAGGGUGGUCAUAGCACUACUUUAAUUGGGCCUUAGAACUCAAAAUUUCCCCUGAUAGCCUUUCUAUUCACUGAUUGACUCUGGAGAAGGCUUACUUUAAGCUUUAGUAUAAGAGAUAGAGGCUCCUAUUGUUGGGCUUCUGACCAAAACUAGUAAUAUCUUAUGAAAAGAAAAAAAAGCAUUCACAGUAAUAUUUUAAUAAAGUAUGAAUAGUUAGAUAUUGAAAAUGUUUUGUUAUUUUAAUAGGAAAAGGUGGAGGAUAGUAAAGGAGUGAUAGCAAAGCUCUCUAAAUUAAGAUAUGAGAUGAAAACUAAUAAGCCACUAAUGCAGAUGGAAGAUGAUCGGCCAGAUGUGCAAAUUUGGAACAACACCAUUAAGGAGAGUAAAUCACUGGUUGAUCAAGACAAAAUUGCCUCCUUUACUGGAGCAUGGUUGAUUGUUGAAUGUUACAUGUAUCGCAAGAUCUAUGAAGCUUUUGCUCUGAGGUAAGAGAAAUUUGCUAAAGGUUUAAGAAACAUCUCUUAUUGACCAGUCAUAAUUUAUUUCCUGUGGUGGGGUGGGGAGGUUUUUGAGGCACUUAGCUUUCAGGGAGAAAGGAGAGGGUGUCAGUUUCACCAACAAAGUGCAAGGCAGGGCUAUAGAAAAAUCUGUAAUAACAAAAGUGUCUGAGAGAAAGAUUUAUUUGUUGGCAAUAAUACUAGCAUUUAUCGACUCAUCUUUUUAAAAGAAAAAGACACCAUAACUCACAAUACCUGCCCAAAAACACUCACUUGCAGCACACUUACUAUUUGUUUUGUAUAAUAUUUGAAUGUAGUACUGUUAUUAUUAUUAUUAUUAUUAUUAUUAUUAUUAUUUUAUUUUAUAGCCAGCACCACCAGGACUUUGAUCCCUUUCAAGAACAAAAAGAAGAAUCAUUUAAAGGACAUCAGAACUCAGCAAUUUCCCUGGCUCAGUUCCUUGAUCACUCCCUACAUGAUUCUGGUGUUGAUGAUAAUGAGAAAAGAAAAGUGAAAAAUGCAUUUGACACUCUCCUUCAGGUGAGGGCUAAAGAUAUACCUGUCCAUGAGAAUUAGACCAGUAAAAUAAUUUCAUCCUAUAGAUGAAUUUUCAAGAAUCAAAAGCAAUUUUAUUUUAGGUGGUAAAAAGUGGUACAUAGGCAAUAAAAUUGACCCAUUUCUGUCUGAAAAGGAGAACAAUACUCCCCAUGCACAAAGUUUUCUUACAGGUCACUUAUAAGUGUAAUUAUGCUGAUGUCAGUGCAGGAAUUUCUAUCUUUUUUUUUUUUCACAGUUCUGUUUGUGGGGAAACCGUUGUGACCUUUCUAUCUCUAGUGGUGAGAUCACAGAGGAGGAAGGAGCAGGUCAGACAGAUCAUCUUCAGCGCAUGAAAGAAAAUAUAAUUGUUGACAAUUCUCAAGAUGUCUGGAACACAAUUUGUAGCAGUGAAAACCCCAGGAUUGAUUUUGUCCUAGACAACUCAGGCUUUGAACUUUUUACAGACCUGUGCUUUGCAGAGUUUUUGCUGCAAGUAAAUUUAGCCAAGGAGAUUCAUCUUCAUACAAAGCAAAUUCCCUGGUUUGUUUCUGAUGCUAGCAACAAAGAUGUCCUGUGGAUGACAGAACAAAUGAAAGGUUCUUCAAACAAGUGCUUAUCUGAACUUGGAGAUCGCUGGAUUCAGCGCUUCCGAGAAGGAACUUUCAUUCUUCAAAGCCAUCCAUUUUGGACACUGGCGCAAGAUUUUAGUGAAAUGAAAAGCAUUGCCCCUGAGUUGUACAGAGAGCUGUCAAAGGCAAAGAUUGUAUUUUUCAAGGGUGACCUGAAUUAUCGCAAGUUGGUUGGUGAUCGUAAAUGGAAUCAUACAACUCCUUUUACACAUGCCCUCUGGGGAUUUUUGCCAGCACCUCUGUGUUCGUUAAGAACCCUGAAGGCUGAUGUCCAAGUUGGAUUAUCACCAGGUCAAGAUGACAAACUGGAGGCUAUUAAUAAAGACUGGAUGACAUCAGGGAGCUAUGCUGUUAUUCAGUAUGCUCAAUGCUUAGACUGAUGGCUCUCAGUAAUUAAAAGGAAAGAGAUACAACAAUUGAAAUUUCACUGGGUAAACAUCAAAAUUUUUACUGUGACAAUAAGCAACUGAUGGCUUAAAAAAAUGUGGGUCAUAGGAACUUAAACUUAAGUUGAAUAUCUUGUAGUAAUAACCUGUGAAGUCACAUUAAUUUGUGUUCUUAUUAAAUAUUUGCCACCAUGUGGUAAGAUUUCAGAGAAAGAACUUUCAAUUGGUAACAGUCAGUUAUUUACCAUCAGUAUUGCCUUUCAUUAUGAAUUAUUUAAAAAAAAGCGGUUUUAAGUGUGUUUUUUUGUUUACAACUUGAAAUAAUAUUCAUCACCCACAUAAGGGGGAGCUUCUGCCGUAAUGUGAUGUUCAAUUACAGAUGCCAAUUCCUCUGAAGUCUGCUAUUUAACAACAAACUUCAGAAGAGCAAAACAUCAAAUUGAAUGCAGUGGUGAAUACUGUUCAUUUGGCCAGCAGCUUUUAAUCAAGGGCUCUCACCUGUUUUUUUGGUUUUUUUUCCAAUUGAUAUCUAAGGAUUGUGUUACUUUAUUCUAUCUUUAGUUAUUUCCACUGUAAACUUUGCUAAUUAAAAUAAAUUAUUCUCUAUAAGACUUCUAGUCAAUAAGCAAUUUCAAGUUUUAUUUUUUUUAGUCCUAUUAUUACAAACUUAACUAAUAAUUAAGUCACUAUAUUUAAGAUUUACUUUAUUUAUUCUAUACUUCAUCUCUUUGAAAACCUUGUUAUGCCUUUCACUAUUUCUACAAUAUAAAGUGAAUGAUUUUGGAACAUGUUGCUUCUUUCAUGAGAGGAAAUGCUGAUGGAUUACAUUCAUAAGUUGAAAUGAUGACAUGUUAUUAGUUUACAUCAUUACAUCAAGCCUUACUUUAAAUGAAAUUGCUACUGGGAUUUUAAAUUAUUUUUUGUAGGUUUAUGUAUUUAUUUGUGG